AAUGAACUAAACGUUUUUGGUAAUGACUAGUUCAUACGAACCGAUAACAGACUCUACUGAGAACAAUCCGUGGCCGAAAACAGAAUUGCUCUGAACUAUGGCUCUUAGACUAAUCAACAGUGCUCUGCGCCGCCAGCUGGCCGCCCAGUUGCCACACAACGCCCAGGUGGGCAGUGUUGCUUCAGUUCACACUCUGGACAAGAUCGGCAAACGCGAGGUUGUCGGCUUUGGCUGGAACGGCACAGCUUGCUAUGCGGAUCGCGUCGAUUACCCGAUGCCCGCUGUGCGCUUCCGCGAGGCCAACAAUGAAAUCACCGCGCUGCGCACCAAGGAGCAGGGCGACUGGAAGAAGCUGAGCCCACAAGAGAUCAAGGCUUUGUACCGUGCCAGCUUCUGCCAGACCAUCGCUGAGGUCCAGGCCGGCACAGGUGAGUGGAAAAUGCACCUGGGCAUUGGCCUGAUCUUCACCGCCGCCGCCAUCUGGAUCGCCGUGCUGAUGAAUCUGUUCGUGUACGAUGAACUGCCCGUCACCUUCGACGAGGAGCACCAGAAGGCGCAAUUGAAGCGCAUGAUCGACUUGGAGGUAAACCCCGUCACCGGCCUGACCUCCAAGUGGGACUACGAGAACAACAAGUGGAAGAACUAAAUGCUGUC